GCCACAAACGAUGCCGGCGAGACGAGAGCGGAGACGCGGCGCGGGCUUCUAUUCAAUUCUACCCCUCGGCACGUCCAUUCCUUCUGCUGGAUGCCAGCUCUUCCAGGAAUCCGAGGAAAUGUGGGACGCCGCCAGCCUUCUUCUCCCCGCGCCAAUUGGCACCCUUCCCCUCUCCCUCCCGCGGCGCCAUUGCCUCCCUCCCUUUGUUGGGUCCUCGGAAGCGCCAGCGCCAUUUUUGGUGGUGCCGGCGUCACAAGUAGUAGUCAAGAAGGCGUCCGUCGAUACAGGCACCGGCCAUUGAAGCUCCCCCGCUAGCUGCAUGCUGCUGCCUCACGUCCAGCGGCAGCUAGCGCGAUCAUCGUCGUCCUCCUCACGCCCUGCGGCGUAGAAAUCAGUCCGGCAAGAUGAACGACCUUUUCUCGUCGGGGUCGUUCAAGAAGUACGCGGACCUGAAGCAGCAGGUGGUGCUGGACGACCUGGAGGCCGGCGGCGGCGAGGCCGAGGGCCCGGACCUCGACCGGUUCUUCGAGGACGUGGAGGCCGUGAAGGAGGACCUGCGCGGGCUGGAGGCGCUGCACCGGCGCCUGCGGUCGGCGCACGAGGAGGGCAAGACCGCGCACGACGCCGGCGCCGUCAAGGCCCUCCGCGCCCGCGCCGACGCCGACGUCGGCCAGGUGCUCCGCCGCGCCAGGGCCGUCAAGGCCCGGCUCGAGGUGCUCGACUGCGCCAACGCCGCCAGCCGCAAGCUCCCCGGCUGCGGGCCCGGGUCCUCCGCCGACCGCACCCGCACCGCCGUCGUCACCGGCCUCGGCAAGAAGCUCAAGGACCUCAUGGACGACUUCCAGGGCCUGCGGGCGCGCAUGGCGGCGGAGUACAAGGAGACGGUGGCGCGGCGGUACUACACGGUGACCGGCGAGGAGGCGGAGGACGGCACGGUGGAGGCGCUCAUCUCGUCGGGCGCCGGCGAGACGCUCCUGCAGGAGGCGAUCCAGCAGGGGCAGGCCGGGCGCGGGCAGGUGCUGGACGCGGUGGCGGAGAUCCAGGAACGGCACGACGCGGUGCGGGAGAUGGAGCGCAGCCUGCGGGAGCUGCACCAGGUGUUCCUGGACAUGGCGGCGCUGGUGGAGGCGCAGGGCCACCAGCUCAACGACAUCGAGAGCCACGUCGCGCGCGCCAGCUCCUUCGUGCGCCGCGGCGCCGUCGAGCUCGAGACCGCGCGGGAGUACCAGAAGGGCAGCCGCAAGUGGGCGUGCGUCGCCGUCGUGGCCGGGGCCGUGCUCGUCGCCGUCAUCGUGCUGCCCAUCGUCAUCAACCUCCACCUCCUGGCCGUCAGAUAGAUCAGCACCGUCGUUUCGCUGGCACCGCCAUCGCCAUCGAUUUCUCCUCAUUGUACUGUCAUCACAAAGUUCUUGGGUUGAGGUGGAGAUUCUUGCAUUGGUCGUCGUUAGAGAUUAGAGAAGAGGAGCGGGUUGAUUUGAUUACA